UUGACUCUACUCCCUGAUUAUAAGCAAUAAAAAGAAGACGGACCAAGUGUGUAAGGAAAAUACUGGCAAAGUAUAUGGAACUGACAUACCAUUAAUAUGCACUGAUACAUGCACUUGAUCUUUAUUAAACCAAAUAAUUCAUUGAGGAAUUGUUCAGAAAAUAACAUUUUUUAAAAUGGAAAAAAAAAAAACCCUUGUAGGGUGGCUGCCAUCCCUAAAAACAUUAGUGGAAAAGAGGGAACAGAACACAGUCUAACACAGGCCUACCCCAGCUGUAAUUUUUACUUUUGCAAUUCAAGUCCUUGAAUUAAAACUAGUUUAUAUUUUAAAAAUCUGAUUAAGUACUUGUUAAGUAAUCAAUUCACAUUAAUUCCCAAGGGACAAUUCACUACUCCACAGCUGUGGCAGUUAGGAGAUAAAGGACCUUCAUGAGUACCCUACACACACAGAGAAGUCCUAGAUUCUAUACUAGCAACUAACCAAGCUACAGCAGCUUAGAAGUUGAGAAGACCUGAAUAUCAGAACAGAACUUCUCCUUUAUUACUGCAUCCGUAGGACAGAACUGUUUUUCUGUAGAACCGCCUCGGUUUGGUGGCAGUUUCUCCAUUUGGUCAUUGAAGGGCAGCGUGAGGUGAAUGAAAAAACGACCGGUAGCACUACUAUCUCCCCGAGCCAAGCUGGGGGAGCAGGGGAAGGGAAAGAUCGCGUCCGUUGCCUACUAAAACCUUACACCGUUAACUGACCGAAAACUUUCAUCAGAACCCGUCAGGACGAAGAGGCAAUAGCAAUCCUGCUAAACGGUUCCAGGUUUAUAACGACUUCCUUACGCAAGAUCUUAUUGCUUCCUAAAGAAAUAAAACGAGCAGUAGGAACAAACCCUUCCUUCAGGAAGUUGAGAAACCUUAUUGCAAAACGGGCUUUCUCUACCACCAUGGUGGAAAGAAACAAAAUAAUUAAUGGAAGACGGUGAUUGUGUAACAUGCACACCGUUGGUCCAAGGGAAGGUUCUCCUGCCUUCCUUCAGGCACAGAAUGGAAGCAGCUAUAAAUCUGGAUAUGUGCCAGGAAGAAUAGUCCCAUUUCGUCCUCCACCACCUCCAAAUAAUCAAGCUUCAGCCAAAUUUUCCUGUGCAAGAGAGGAAGCUCAUGCAACAGUAGCCUCUUCAGGAGAUCAGCAACGCUAUCAAGCAGAAACAAGCAGAAAGAAUAGGCACAAAAAUACAUUUAUUUGCUUUGCCAUGUCCAGCUUUUCAUUUUUUAUUGCACUUGGAAUUAUUUUGGGCGUAGCAUCAAAAUAUGCUCCUGAUGAGAACUGUCCAGAUCAGAAUCCUCGCCUUAAAAACUGGAAUCCAGGACACGAUAGAGAAAAGAGAAUUGUCCUCCAGAAGGGUGAUCUCUUUCGUCUGAACGUGGAUGCCACUGUGCAUUCCAUAGUUAUACAGGAUGGAGGAUUACUUGUCUUUGGGGAUGAUGAAAACGGAUCUAGAAAUAUUACCCUGAAAACACAUUUUAUCCUAAUAAAGGAUGGUGGAAUGCUUCAUAUUGGAGCAGAAAAAUGUCGUUAUAAGUCCAAAGCAACUAUAAUCUUAUACGGCAAAUUAAAUGAAGGUGAUUAUGUGCCAACAUUUGGUGAAAAAUUUGUGGGCGUGGGCCCUGGUGGAACACUGGAAUUGCAUGGCUCUCAGAAGUUAUCAUGGACUUCCCUGUCAAAGACUCUAUAUUCUUCAGGGCUGGCCUCUGGAUCCUACACAUUUGAAAGGGAGUUUUUACGAGCCCUAAAUGUGAGAGUUAUUGACCAGGACACUGCAAAGGUUUUGGCAACGAAGAGGUUUGAUACUCACGAAUCUCAAAAUGAUAGCAUAAAACUUCAGGAUUUUCUAAAGUCUCAAGAAUUUGGUCGCAUUGUUGCUAUUUCUGUAGCAGACUCAGCUGCUAAAAAUCUACUGGAGGAAACCAGAACAACCAUACAGAAUCUUCUGGGAAGUAAGCUCGUCAAAGGAUUGAAUUAUAGGCAAGCCUGGGCUUUAGUCAGUGUAAUUGGUGAUGGAAAUUCAUCUUGCAAUGAAUCUGUGAGAGACUAUGAAAAUCACAGUACAGGAGGAAAGGCCCUUGCAGAAAGAGAAUUUUUUACAUUGGAUGGCCAGAAAUUUGUUGUGAGGGCUUUCAGUGAAUGGACUGCUGGUGUUCCAAAGUGGGGUUUCCAGGUUAAGGCAGUGCAUGGAGUGAUAGUGGAUUUGUCAGAAGAUGUUAGCAGCUGGAAGCCUGGAGACCGGAUUGUUGUGGCAAGCACUGAUUAUUCUAUGUAUCAGACAGAGGAAUUCACACUUCUUCCUUGCCCAGAAUGCAACAAAUACCAAGUCAAAGUGAAAGAAAUGCCAAAGUUCCUGCAUAUUGGAGAAAUCAUUGAUGGAGUGGAUAUGAGGGCAGAGGUGGGAGUUCUCACCAGAAACAUCUUAAUAAAAGGAGAGAUGGAAGAUUCCUGCUAUACUGGCAAAAAUUGCAGAUUCUUCAGUUAUGAUACUUUUGGUGGACAUAUCAAGAUUUUAAAGAAUUUCACAUCUGUUCAUCUCUCCUAUGUGGAGCUGAAGCAGAUGGGUCAGCAAAUACAUGGGAGUUAUCCUGUUCACUUUCACCUUUGUGGGGAUGUGGAUGAAAAAGGAGGAUAUAACUAUAGGACUUAUAUAGAAGGCCUCUCAAUUCAUCAUUGUUUCUCCAGAUGUGUGACAAUUCAUGCAACAAAUGGUUUGCUGAUAAAAGACUCUAUUGGAUACAAUACACUAGGCCAUUGUUUUUUCAUGGAGGAUGGUAUUGAACAAAGGAACACAUUGUUCCAUAAUCUAGGACUUGUCACCAAACCAGGCACCCUUCUCCCAACAGACAGAAAUAGCACAAUGUGCACAACAAUCAGGGAUCAUGUCUAUGGAAACUAUGAGCCAGUACCAGCCACAGAUUGCAUGGCUGUAUCAACAUUUUGGAUUGCUCAUCCCAACAAUAAUCUUAUAAAUAAUGUAGCUGCUGGCUCACAGGAUGCUGGAAUAUGGUAUAUAUUUCAUAAGGUUCCUACAGGAGAAUCUCAUGGAUUGUUCCUUGAAACAAAAGCUGAACUUACCCCUCUGGGAAUUUUCUAUAACAACAAGGUCCAUUCCAACUUCAAG